AAUGGUUUCCACUCCAUCACCGAAAACGAAAGUUUACCUGUUGGAGCAGCGGAAGAAUCAAGAGCUCAACAUUGAGCAUAUUGACGAGGAAAUGAGAUUGGAACAGGUCCGGCAAGCCGCAUCAAAAAUGGAAUGGACAUCAUUCGGGCAGGCUGUGAGGCGAAACUUGUUGGAAAAACGUAACACAAUCGAUGCUGAUGGUAGAAUUGACGUGCUCAACGGGAUUGCGUACAUGAAAACAAAAAUGCCAAUCGAGGAAAACAAUCUGAUGGAGGAGAAGAUACGGGUUAUGGCUGAGAGUCUUGGAUGCUUGCACAAACAAACUUCUCGCGGAUGGUCCAUCAAUCGUCAAGAAGAUCUCAUCAUGGACUUUACUGUCAACGAUGGUGAAGUGACAACCGUUGUGCUUAGUUUUUGGGAAGAGCCUUCAUUCUACUCCCCAGAAGCUACAAGAAUGCUCCAGUUAGGGAUGUGGACAGAGCUUCGAAACCGAAUCUCAGAUAUGCUGUUGACGUAUGAUAAGUUGUUGAGCAGAGACGAUCGUAGAAACUGCAUGGGAGCUAUGAGAAUGCUCGAGAUGCUUUUUGGACACUUCUCUCAAGACCCUUCCUACACUUCAAUUCACAGAUCCAACUAUGGUUUCUACCUUCCACGUAAUGAUCUCCGCGCAGGGCGUGUAUAUUAUUUGGCGGAACCACACUUUCGGAACAUUCGCUCCAAGGAUCAUAUUUUCCAGUUACAAAAGGAUGAUCACGAAGUUUUGCCAUACUUUGAAUUUUCGUUUGCCAAGCAUGAUAGCCCGUGUACACUUCCAGAGUUUGACACAAAAGGCUGGGCAGAAUCUAUUGAAGCAAACGCUGUGAUUUGUAUGAAGCUAUCCAGAGGGUUCAAUCUUACUGAAACGACUAGAAAGAAGUUGGGAGCAAUCAGUGCAAAGACUCCAUCCGUUAAGCAUUUCACAAAUAGCUAUCGCUACGUGACUGGAGCGGUGAAGAUUGAGAACAACCUGCAGAUGAUUACACAGUUUGGCGAUGGACAAACUCAACACUUCUACAAUGUCGAUGUGAACCAGUUGCGCAAUGAUGGUGACUCUGUGAUCACUGAGAUUUAUUUGAAGCAUUUGCAAGAUUUUCAUGAGAUAAUUGCAAUUCUUCGCAACGAAGCCAUGCAUAUCAGCCUUUGGGAGUCGAUGAUAUCCGCGUGUUAUGAGAAGCAGGGUAUGAAAAAGCACACGGUUGCCGCAAUCAAGAUGGACGUUUUUCUGACAAGAGAGCAAAUUGUAAUCACCUUUGAUACAAAAUUUGCGCCGGUCAAAGUUGUAAUCCAGGAUAGUGGAGUUUGUGAGGCAAAGGUGAAUGUUGUGCAUGCACAGACAGGCCUCCAGAUUGCUGAAAAGAUUGAUGAAACAUUGAGCAGAAAACUCAAUGAAACUUGGAGCAUUCCAAAUAUGCUUACCUACGCCGUGUCGGGUAGUGACUGCAACUUGGCAAAGAUCAAAGUUCCGUUGAGAAGUGAAAACCCGGAGACUGUGGGCCCAAUUCCAACUUAUGCGGCUGGACGUUCCUUCUAACGGAUUUUUGACUUAUGAUGUGUUUGUAUAGUUUUUGUUUUAUUAUAUACUUGAGCCUUAUUUGAUACUCAUUUUGAUUGUUGUGAAUGUUUGAAAUUAAGUUUUAUAUGCAUUUGUAUUAUUUAAAAUUUGCCAUCUGAAUUUUUCAAAGAGCUGAAAAGCAGAAAAAAAUGA